AUGGAUCCUACUGUUCGACUUGCCAGCAAGGUUCCGCAUUUAAGACACGAUCAACUCCCUCAGCUUGCAGACUAUGACCAUGCGCAGUAUCUCACGACGACAGCUGCAAAGUAUAUCGACACUUUCAGUGGAGCUAAAGAUAGACAUAUCUUUUUUGGCUUGAUAGAGUACCUGUAUAAAGAAUACCUUGUUAUUGCCCUCUGUUUAUCACUCAUGGCCGCCUCCAGCUUCGCCACGCCAAUUGGCAUAAAUAAAACGCUCAACUAUCUUGAAGGACGGCACCAUGGCAUUGAACCUUCUAUCAAACCUUGGGUCUGGAUCUCUCUCAUGCUGCUUGGUCCGAUUUCGAAAUCUCUAGUCGAGAACUGGGGCUCUUAUGUGUUGCAAACAAAGGUCAACAUUCGUAUUCAAGCGUUAAUAAGACAACUGGUAUUCGAACAUAGCCUGCGAAUCAGGAUGAACGCUGACACGGAAGAACUGGAAUCAGUCGAGGAUGAUGCUGCACAAGCUCAAAGCGAUGCUGGUACCAUUGUAUCUGUGGCAGCCAAUACUGAUGGAGCUGCUGACGAUGGUGCUCAAACUACGGAUGGUUCUGUCAAAGUUGAUUCCUCCUUAGAAUCUACGGAAGUCGACUCUGAUGAUGAGCCGACACGGUCACAAAAGGAAACAGCUUCGGAACAUUCUGUCCUUCCACCGUCAAAGAAACCUCCCGUUCAGGCUAAAAAUCUUAUUGGAAAACUGAAUAACUUAGUGACGAGUGAUCUCUUCAAUAUUGUGGAAUGCGGUGACUUCCUAACAAUCGGCCUUGUUGUGAGCGGCGUACUAGGACCAGGCUUUGCACUUAUUGGCAAGAAGGUUCAAAAGGUCCAGAAGAUAAGAAUACAAUUCACAGACGCCAGGAUUCAAGCCAUAUCAGAAGCUAUGGGCGUCAUACGGAUGAUCAAAAUGUUUGGCUGGGAAGAUAAAAUGGCGAAACGUCUUGCUCGUGGGCGAGAGAUGGAGUUGAAUUGGAUAUGGAAAGCAAAGGUUCUUGAAAUCAUCAACAACAUUGUCGCACAACAAAUUUCAAACCUAUCUCGGAAGCUCGUUUAUAUUAUUCAAGGUGAAUAUGUUGCACCUUUGAUCUACAUUGGAGCACCCUUAACAUCUCACACAGCAAAGGUUUCUCUGGACCGCGUCAACUCUUUCCUUCGAGAAACUGAGCUUCUUGACCGAUUUACGGAAGGAACAAACUCGUCAGCAGCUGAAAACACAGGUGUCAUUGGAAACGUGGCGGAGGUCGACAUCGGGAUUAGAAAUGCUUCCUUUACAUGGGGUGCAAAAGACAUUCAAGAUGUCACACGACCAUCACCGUCAAGGAAUUUUAGGCUUAGAAUCGUUGGCGACCUUAUUUUCAAGCGUGGUUGUGUUAACCUCAUCACUGGACCUACAGGAUCUGGGAAGACCUCCAUGCUGAUGGCACUACUUGGCGAAAUGCAUUUUAUUGCCGACACCCAAACAUCGUGGGUUAAACUACCCCGUCAGGGUGGAGUAGCAUAUGCUGCCCAGGAGUCUUGGGUUCAAAAUGCAACGAUUAAAGAGAAUAUACUCUUUGGAUCGGCCUUUGACGAAGAGAGAUAUAAGAAAGUGAUACAUCAAUGUGCGCUGGAAAAAGAUUUGGAACUAUUUGAAGCCGGUGAUAACACCGAGGUUGGGGAGCGGGGUUUGACCGUGAGCGGUGGUCAGAAGGCGCGGUUGACUCUUGCCAGAGCGAUUUACUCUUUGGCUGAAAUCAUUCUUUUGGACGAUGUGCUUGCUGCUCUUGAUGUGCAUACGUCGGUUUGGAUCAUAGAAAAGUGCUUUUGGGGGGACCUUGUGAAGGGCCGGACCGUUCUGCUAGUUACUCACAAUAUAACAUUGGCCAAACCCAUUGCAAGCUUAAUUGUGAAGCUUGGACUUGACGGUAGUAUUAAUAUAGUGCACAAGAACAGUAAUGAAAUGAAUCCGGAAGAUGUUUCUCACAGCGAGACGGGUCCUCUGUCUGUGUCCAAAGACAAUGACGCUUCGACAUCUCAACCCGUCGGCGAUGGAAAACUUGUGAUGGCCGAAGAAAUUGUAGAAGGCCGUGUCACGUGGAGGUCGAUAUCACUGUUCCUCUCUGGACUGGGCGGUGACCACCCGAUUUUCUUUGCACUACUCUGGAUAGCGUCACUUGCGGCAUCUCAAGGAUUUUAUCUCCUUCAACCAUGGUAUCUAGGUGUCUGGGGAUCUCAAUAUGAGACUCACGCACCGUCGGAAAUCCACCUUUCGUACUAUCUGCUUGGGUUUUCAGCUAUCAUUAUUUUGAGAGUUAUUCUCAAUUGUUUAACAGCGUGCAUUCUUGGCAUUCGCGCUAUUAGAGCAUCUCGAGUCAUCCACUAUAAACUCAUUGACUCCGUCCUUGGAAGCACUUUACGAUGGUUGGAUGAGACACCGACCGGGCGUAUAAUAUCCCGGUGUACUGGUGACAUCGAAACCGUGGAUUUUUGGAUGAUACAAUCCGUGCAAUACGUUGUGGAUAUGUCCGCCGGAAUGCUUGCCACCUUGGCAACUAUUGUUCUCUUUACACCUGUGUUCGUAAUCCCUGGCAUAAUUGCUGCGUUCUUUGGGGUACUCUUGGGCAACCUGUAUCUGAAAACUCAACUAUCUAUGAAUCGGGAGAUGAGUAAUGCUCGUUCUCCCUUACUUGCCCAUUUUAGUGCUGCCAUGCAAGGCCUUGUGUCGAUUAGAGCGUAUGGUGCCCAAAGGGCCUUUUCUGAAGAAUCGCUGCGACGUAUCGACUUUCACUCGCGUGCAGACAGGGCAUCUACGACGAUGUACAAAUGGAUUAAUGUGCGAGUAGAUAUCCUAGGAGCAGUCUUCACCUUGGAACGUAUACAAGGCUAUCUGGAUAUUGAACACGAAUCAAAACCGACCCAAACUGGUGAGCCUCCAGCCGCCUGGCCAACAAGUGGCGAGAUUCGCGUGGAGGGUUUAAGUGCUAAAUACUCAAAGUCUGGUCCAAAUAUUCUGCACGACCUAUCCUUCCAUAUAUUGUCUGGCCAGCGAGUGGGAGUUGGCACACUGCGUCAAAAUUUGGACCCAUUCGAUCAGCACGAUGACAAUGUGUUGAAUGACGCUUUGCAAUCAUCUGGCCUGUUUUCAAUUCAAGAAAGGUCGUCCGAGAAUGUUCGGCUGAAUUUGGAGACCCAAAUUGCAGGAGGUGGAAGCAACCUCUCUGUUGGUCAAAGGCAGAUCAUAGCCCUUGCCCGCGCCAUGGUGCGUAAGAGUAAGCUCCUGAUCUUGGAUGAAGCGACGUCUGCAAUCGGUCAGUGGAUACUGAAGUUUGUAAUAACCAAGAAGGCUGAAUAUUUGGUUAAAGACUACAACACCGACUCUCUCAUUCAAAAUACAUUGCGAAGCAAGCUCGGAUCUGAUGUCACUGUCAUAAUUGUUGCACAUCGUUUGCAGACCAUCAUGGACGCAGACAAAAUAGCCGAGCUUGACACUCCUAAGACUUUGUUAUCCAAUAACACAGGGAUGCUUCAUGCAUUGGUCGAGAGAAGCGCAGACAAAGAGAUGUUGUAUGAGCUGGCGGAAAAAAAAUCCUAUGUAGUUCCUCUACUGACAAUUGACGCGUGUGCAAAAUCUAAUGCGCACAAUUAA